AAAGUUUAGACGAUUGUUUCGAUGUACUUUCAGCGCUUGAACGGAAACACAUUUUUUUUUCUCAAUAAUUUUACAUCGAAAAAAUUGAUUAUUUCCAAAAUCGAAUCCCCACUUAACUUCCAUUUUGCACCUAACUUUUAUUAAUAACCAAUAUUUUAAUCAAUUAUAUUUUUCUUUUCAGAUAUAUUUAUCAACAAUGUCAAAACAAGCAUCCAAUGGAAGGCUUCGACGUUUGAUGCAAAAACUCUAUGGAUGGACAUUUAGUGAGAAUAGUAUUGCUUCUAAUUUUUUUAUUAUUUCCUACCAGGAUUUAAUUGGGAAAGUGGAAACCUUUGUCGAAUCUUAUGGAUCGUACAACAUCGACGAUUUACAAUUUAGGGCCAUACAAGCCAAAGUGAAAACAUUGUUAAAUUCAAGUGAUAUUUCAUCCGAAGAUAAAGACUCUUGA